AUGUGUGUGUGUGUGUGUGUGUGUGUGUGUGUGUAACCUGAGUACAGAGCGUCCUCGCUCUUCAACAGGGAGUGAACCAAACUCCAACUUUCUCUGGGCAGGCAGCGUUCAGCACUUUGCGAGGAUGGAGAGCAAAAGCUUCCAGAGGGGUUCCAUGCAAGAUAACAAUAAGAAACCCGUGGACACGUUUUAAGAGGCAUCAGAUUUCCGUGCAUGUAGGCUCUCUGUGGCACUCUUGCGAGGCAGCAGCGGACGUGGCGCUAUUUUUAGAAACGCGGUAGAGGAAUCAAUCAAACUGCGACUUAACCGGUGUUUUCAUGACAAUCUGCUGCUUUUAGUGGCGCAAUCUUCUGGGACUCAUGUCUGCGCUCGCAGGGUCAAGGGGACGGGACGGUGCAUUUCCAUCAGUCUGAUCUCUGAUGCCAAUUGAUGCCUUUUUCUCUCGUGCUCUCCAGGAAUGCACACCGGUGGACCUCAAACUUUUGCACCAUGGAAUCCGCUACACAUGACGGCAACAGCGGCGGCACUGCUUUUGGGACCUCGCGUAGUUUCGUGUCUUUUCCCAGUCUUAGAAUUUCUAAAGAACACUGCAGUUUGGGAUGUGAAUGACAAUUGUUGUUGAACGAUACAGAACUAAGGAGAACAUCGUUGAGGCGCAUACUAUUUCCUCAUCCUCUUUACUUCUAUCAGGUGUUGAGCGCAGUCUUUUUUUCUGGCUCCUAUGGGAAUCAAACACUCCCGCUGCAUGCUCCUCAGGAGAAAAAUGGCGGAGUCUGAGAGCAUUGAGCAACCACAGCCACAGCCACGGCCGAUCCGCAUCAUUUCAUCACAGACCGCACAGCCCACCUCGUUUCCCAAGCCGGUGCCUUCCAUCCGGCAUGCCUCACGGUCUUCUCUGCCGCCACACACGCCCCGUGCUGCCAGCCUCCCUAGCUGUCCCGGGCGGGGGAAGAUGUCCAAGUUCCUUAGCCCAGAGGACAUGACCUCACGAGACUACUACUUUGACUCUUAUGCCCACUUUGGUAUACAUGAGGAGAUGCUGAAGGACGAAGUGAGGACGCUCACCUACCGGAACUCCAUGUACCACAACAAGCACGUCUUCAAGGACAAAAUCGUGCUGGACGUGGGAAGCGGGACAGGGAUUCUGUCCAUGUUCGCGGCCAAAGCGGGGGCAAAGCACGUGUAUGGGAUUGAAUGUUCCAGUAUAUCAGAGUACUCAGAGAGGAUCAUCAAGUCCAAUCACCUCGACAGUGUGAUCACCAUCUUCAAGGGCAAGGUGGAGGAGGUGGAGCUUCCUGUUGAGAAGGUUGACAUCAUAAUAUCUGAGUGGAUGGGCUACUGCCUCUUCUACGAAUCCAUGCUCAACACCGUCAUCUUUGCCAGGGACAAGUGGCUGAAACCCGGCGGAUUAAUGUUUCCUGAUCGCGCCUCUCUGUACGUGGUGGCCAUAGAGGACAGGCAGUACAAAGACUUCAAAAUACAUUGGUGGGAGAACGUGUAUGGCUUUGACAUGACCUGUAUCCGUAAUGUGGCCUUGAGGGAGCCACUGGUGGACGUAGUGGACCCCAAACAGGUGGUGACAAACGCCUGCCUCAUCAAGGAGGUGGACAUCUACACAGUGAAGCUCGAGGACCUCUCAUUUACCUCAGCAUUCUGCCUGCAGAUCCAGAGGAACGACUACAUCCAUGCACUGGUCACCUACUUCAACAUCGAGUUCACCAAGUGUCACAAGAAGACUGGUUUCUCCACCGCACCAGAUGCUCAAUACACCCACUGGAAGCAGACGGUGUUUUACCUGGAGGACUAUUUGACGGUGCGGAGAGGAGAGGAGAUAGUCGGCAGCAUUGACAUGAAGCCCAAUGAGAAAAACAUUCGCGACAUAGAAUUUACCUUCGAGCUGGAUUUCAAAGGGCAGCUGUGUGAAGCGGCCAUAUCCCAUGACUACAAGAUGCGCUAAGUUCGGCUGGGGGACGAUGGUGCCCCGCUGAGUACAACCCCUGAGCACCAGAGGGAGACAAGAGACACUCCCACGUCCAGAGACAGACACAAUGUGUGAUGUAAGAAGGGGGGGGGGGCAGAGAAUAAGAGAAAAGACCAGGCCAAAGACCAAGCAGAGUUGGCCCCGUUGGCAAUAUCACUAUUGUCAACACAGUGUUUGAUGACAGCAGGAAGUUACUCGUGCUUGCUGUUAAACAAAUCUGAAUGUAACACCAACAAACAGAGGUCAGGAUUAUCUCCUCGUCAUGAUGAAUGUUAUUGAUGUGCAUACAUGUGAGAUGGAGUGACGUACCUGUGUGUUUUGUUGUUUUCCACAAUAACCUGGAACUUAUGGAGGGAUUUUUGAAUUACAGUAGAGCUCAUGUAAUCAAUAACUGUUGUCCACAUUCUGCUGUAGGUAGACAAUACAUUCAAGGUGUAAAUCUUAUGUCAUUUUAUGUACCGUAGGGAAUGAUCUGAGAAACACUUUCAUUUCUAGUUGUAUCAAUUUAGCAAUGUUGGAAAACUGACAGCACCCGAACGCCGCGGCCAAGGACGAACCUGCGUAUAUGUGUAACGUGAAAGGUAGCAUGUGUUUGCAUAGUCAUUGUUACUAGUAGCUUUCUGUGAGUGUGUAAUAGAGGGUGUCACACUGUUGCACAGCUUGCACUGCCCAGAUGUUCCCUGUGUUGUCAGUUUGAGCAGUGAUGUUGACAUGCCAAUAACAUCCCUUCCCCAUCCUAAAUGCCUUGACCAAGUGCCGAAAUGUUCCUAGUUUUUUUCCGCACUGCUGCAUUCAGCUUUUUUUCCCCUCUUCCUUCUAUAUAUAGAUGCUAGCCACUCUCUAAUAGUUUAGAUAUUAGAGAUUGCUUCAAACAGUCUCAAGCCAUGAAGCUUUUUUUACUACAUCUGAUCCAUGUCAAGCAAUCGAACCCCACAUCUCUAAAUGAGUCUUUAGCAAACCAGAUGACCUGCAGUAACCCUGUACCAACUACUGGGUUUGAAUCUAAUGAGACUGAGAAGAGGUUUUCUUCCAACAUGCCUAUAAGUUCCUUUAGUACCGUCACACGAUGUGGUACCAGACUUUACAGACUGUAAACGCAUCUCAGUCUAAAACGUGCUGCGUUGCACACAGCUACAAAACCAUCUUUCCACUUCACUUGUGCUCUUAUAAAGGUCAUUGCCAACCAACCACUGGAGGGGGUUCUUCACUCAAGACGUGGAUCUGGGCAAAGAUUCCCUCACGUUAAUAUUCCUCGUAACGCUUUAAACUACUGCUACUCUCAACUAAAUACGUUUAAAAGCCAUUUGGUAACACAUUAUCUUUCCCAUGUUAAUCCCAGAGUGUGCUGAAUGCUAUUGUUGACACAGCUAAGCCUCUAUCCCCGUGUCUUAUAUAUCGUGCAGAGACCCCGAUGAAUCUUUUUCAGGGCUGUUACCAAAGUGUACAGUAUGAGCACUUGGGACCAAUAGGAGGAAACGAUAUUUAUAAAGCAUGCAACUAAUGCUAGUAACAAUCAACACAUAGUGCAGUAUGCUGCCUUCUCAGAGCACACACUGGCUGGCUGGUACUAAUAAGCAAUACACUGUUAUGAGUCAUUAAUGCUUACAAUCAACAAUACAUGAUGAGUCAUAUGUAUUUAGAACAAUACUGGUGUUGAAAGAGCAUCUGCCAGUUACAUCUUUACAGAAAACGUAUUCUGAAAGCCCGCUGCUCAAAUGAAACCCCAAACUAUAUAGUUUAUACGUCACACUAAUUCCAAUAAAUUGGCAUGUUAAUUCCACAAAAUAUGGAAUAUGUUGUUUCACAUUCUGUUAUGUCAACUUAAAAAAAUUGAAUAAACAGCAAUGUCCAAACUCG